UUGCUCUCUCUAUCUCUCUCGUGAUUCCUUUUGUCUGCCCGGGGAGUAGGAUCCUGUUAUUUCCCGAGGCGAUUCUUUCUCUCUCUAACAAUUCCAACCUCUCUUUCUCUCUCUAAAAUCUGUCUCUCUCCUUCCUCAGUUUCGUCUCGUGCAGAGAGCUUCUCUGCUAUUUGCACUAUAAAUCCAUCUCCCGAAGCCCUAAUUCACAGUCAUUGCCAUUCCCUGUUUUGGCCCUUUUUUAUUGGCUUCCCCUGUUUCGGAGCAGUGAUAGAGAGAGAGAGAGAGUGUGUGUGUGUAUGUUUGUUGGUUGCUUAGAAGCUGUAUUUGUAGUUUCUACAAUGUCGACCUGCAACAAUGAAGAUCCUCGAAUCCAUGGCAUCGCCUCUUCUAUUCGAGUCGUGCCGAACUUCCCCAAGCCAGGUAUCAUGUUCCAGGACAUAACGACACUGCUACUUGAUCCCCAGGCAUUUAAGAACACCGUAGACUUGUUUGUCGAGAGGUACAAGGGCAAAAACAUCUCUGUUGUGGCAGGAAUUGAAGCAAGGGGUUUUAUAUUUGGUCCUCCCAUUGCAUUGGAGAUUGGGGCAAAAUUUGUUCCUUUGAGGAAACCAAGAAAAUUACCAGGUGUUUUACCCUUUCAAGCUUUGAUCUUCUCAAUCUUCACACAUUUACCCAUUCUUCAUGGCAAACAUCCUAAAGAAGGUGAGGUUAUUUCUGAAGAGUAUGUCCUUGAAUAUGGGAGAGAUUGUCUUGAAAUGCACAUUGGCGCUGUUCAACAAGGUGACAGGGCCUUGGUUGUUGAUGAUUUGGUUGCUACUGGGGGUACUCUUUGUGCAGCUAUAAACCUAUUAGAGCGCGUUGGAGCAGAUGUGGUGGAAUGUGCAUGUGUCAUUGGGCUGCCUGAACUUAAGGGAAGAGAGAGGUUGAAGGGGAAGCCACUCUACAUACUUGUAGAGUCUCGCUAAUGGUGGUGGUGGAGCAGAGACAGGCCAUAUCGCAGGAAUGGAGGAUUGAGGAUGUGUACAUUAGGAGUUAUUGAUGAUUAGGAGUUAUUGAUGAUUCUAUUUUGCGGGACUUGCACAUGCAGAGCCUCUCCCUUUCUCUAUCUCUGUGUAUGUGUGUUUUUGUUCGAACUGUUGAAACUUUUGUUUGGCCCUUAUUUGGGGGAACAUUGUGAACGAGAAAAUGGUUUAUCUUCUGUGUUUUAGGCAUAACCUUUGAACUUUUUAAA